CGAUCCUCUUCCCUGCGUUUGGGCUUCCUGAACUACAGCGCCGCUGUCUUUGUCUUCAUCUUACCAGGCUUUGGCUUCGUCGCCCUUGUAUUCAAUCGUCUUCAUCUUCCUCUUACCUGUUUUUUCUGUCGUUUUCGUGUGCGUUCGUCACCACUUAGCCAGAUCCAUCCUAGUCUGAUACAUUCCCCUGCUUUGAAGAAAGGGCUUGACUCGACUCUGUUUACCGGGAAUGGUUUGAUCGCAAUGUACAGCAAAUGUGGAAGUUUAAUGGAGGGGAGACGGGUUCUUGAUGAAAUGCCGUAUAGGGACAUUGUGUCGUGGAACUCUUUGGUGGCUGGGUAUGCCCAGAAUCGACAGUUUGACGCAGCUCUGGAGGUUUGCAAGGAAAUGGAGGUGUUAGGUUUCAAGCCUGAUCCCGGGACCAUGGCUAGCCUGUCACCUGCUGUGACGAACAUAAGUGGCGAAAAUGUUGCAUUUGUGAAGAAUAUUUUCAUGGGCAUGGCGAAGAAGAAAUUGGUCCCGUGGAACGUAAUGAUAGCUGUGUAUGUGAAUAAUUCCAUGUCAUCUGAGGCUGUCGAUCUUUAUUUACAAAUGGAAGCCAAUGGAAUACAACCGGAUGAUAUAACAGUGGCCACGAUUCUUCCUGCCUGCGGCAAUCUCUCCGCAGCAUCCCUGGGAGAGCGAAUACACAAAUACGUUCAGAAGAAAAGGAUGCAACCGAACUUGUUGAUAGAAAAUGCGCUGAUCGAUAUGUAUGCCAAGUGCGGAUGUUUAAAAGAAGCAAGAGAUGUGUUCGACUACAUGCAAAUCAAGGAUGUGAUCUCAUGGACUUCGAUGAUGUCUGCUUACGGCCGAAGCGGGAAAGGCCGCGAAGCCAUCGAAUUAUUUGGUGAAAUGCUGGGGUUAGGCAUCGUCCCGGAUUCUAUUGCAUUUGUUUCGGUUCUUUCUGCUUGCAGCCAUGCCGGGUUGUUGUCAUCGGGCAGGUAUCAUUACAAAUUGAUGACGGAGAAGUACAAUAUAGUUCCUAGGUUAGAGCAUUUUACAUGCAUGGUUGAUUUGCUCGGGCGGGCUGGUCUGAUCGGUGAAGCUUAUACUCUUAUUUUGCAAAUGCCCCUGAAGCCGAAUGAUCGGGUUUGGGGUGCGCUGUUGAAUGCGUGCAAUGUGUACAACAAUAUGGACGUCGGGAUUAUCGCAGCCGAUCAUCUUUUCGAAUUGGCUCCACAGCAGUCGGGGUACUAUGUUCUAUUGUCGAAUAUUUAUGCCAAGGCGAGGCGAUGGAAAGAGGUGGCGUUGGUUCGGUCCCUUAUGAAAGGGCGAGGAAUCAAGAAACUACCCGGUGUGAGCAAUGUGGAGCUCGGCGAUCGCGUCCACACAUUUCUUGCGGGAGAUCAAUCGCAUCCACAGUCGGGGAGGAUCUACGAGGAGCUCGAUAUUUUAGUGGUGAAAAUGAAGGAAGCUGGAUAUGUCCCGAAAACGGAUAAUACCCUACAUGAUGUCGAGGAGGAAGAUAAGGCGAACCAUUUGGCCGUCCAUAGUGAAAAAUUGGCGAUUGUUUUUGCAAUGAUCAAUAGCGAGCCGGGGUCGCCGAUUCGGGUGACCAAGAACCUACGGGUCUGCGAGGAUUGCCACUCGGCGAUCAAGUUCAUCUCAAAGAUUGCGGAUCGACAAAUUGUGGUUAGAGAUACGAACAGGUACCACCAUUUUGAGAAUGGGAUUUGCUCGUGUGAUGAUUAUUGGUGAACCUUUUAGUCUAAAGGUAAACUAAAAAAUCAUUUUGACAAGUUCCCCACUGUUGUUAAUAAGAAAAUAUCUAUUAUUCUCUACUAAAUUGUUUAUAGAUAUGCAUGGUGUGAAUAUAAUGUAUAUAUAUGUAUU